GGCUGUUACGAUGCUACCCAAUGGCACAACCAACAAUUAGCAGGUUUUCACGAGCUCGAAUGUCGGCAGAGAACUCAGCAUAAUCAUCCUCGAGGCCACAAAAAAGGAUUGUGACCAGCUCGUUAUACAUAAAUUUUGAAAUUCUCGGGGGGUGGGGGGUGCGAGGGCCUACCUAGCUCCGCCCCUGAUCUCCGCCAUCCACUGGAACCCUCUUGGCUUGGGUACGGACCACGUCACUUGGAGCUUUCCUAACUUCCGGUUGACUCUUCUACAAAAUAUAUAAAGACAAAAAUAUGUGUUGAAUUUUCUCCAUUUUGAAAAUGAUGUCGUGUGAGUGAUUUUCGGAUGAACUUUGUGGUCAUUUCACAAAUCAUCAAUAAUGUUGUUGUGCGUUUUAGUUUACACAACCCAGUUCUCGUUGGCACACAUGGGCCAGAAGGAACAGAUUUUUACAGAACUUGGGCUACUGUCGGUAAUCAAUAAGUCCGAAAUUGUAAACCCAAGUCCACAAUUGUGUUUUGCCCACUAGAUUCCUAAUAGAUUCUCUCAUCCCCCUCACAGACGCGUCAUCCUCCCCUUCCCCUCUAGUGCCUGUGCAUUAUGCUCCCAGUAAUGUUGCAGAAAAAAUCCAAAACAACAUCUCUCUGAAGGCGUUUAUUGGGUUAGUUUCUUCGACCGUUCUUCAAAGCGGUUACUGCUACUUCCACAGUUCCGCCCUAGGUUCAUCUAAUCCUUCACCGACCCUUCCUCCUCUUCAGAGCCCGCCAAACCAUCGGAUUUGGGAUCAGGAGAGGAAGCUCAAUUGGCGUCAAUUGGAAGAACUCUAGGAUUUUGACAUUUCCGGCAUCUAAUGCAGUUAAAAGCGCGAUUCUACAUAGAAGCGGAAAAUGGAUAAAAUCGUAAAAUAUAGAAUCAAAGCGUAAAAGCGUAAGUUUUUGACGCACCCUCUAAAAUAGCUAAAAUAUGUCAAGUACAACAUAUAGUAUGUAAAAUGUGAGUGUGCAGAUUUUAGAUGAGUGAAUAACUACAUGAAAUUCAUAAUUUAAAUGUUUAGUGGUGACUCAAAAGUAGAGAAAACUCAUAACAUCUUAAUAAUAAGCUCAUAAACGUAGAUCGUAACCCGUAAACGAGCUUGAGAAUCCAAAUUCUCAUAAGCUGGUUUAAUUUUACAUAAUUACAUACGAUCAAUUACCCAUAAACUUUUAUCGUAACCCAGAUAAGAGCCACAGGUGAAGAUUAAGGGAGAAGACUGAUAGAAGGUCAGCGGCUGUUGAGAAUACCAUUAGGUGUCUUUUCAACCUAAUGUGAAGCCCCUAUCUCGACACUAGUUGUAGAACGAGUGAUGAAUCAUGUUUUCCUUUUUUUUUUUUUUUUUUUUUGCUGAUAUGUCUUCAAAAUUACAUCAUUUUGGGGCAAUUAGCACAUUUUUAUGAGAUGAACAAAAUCGUAUAAAAACGCUUUAGGAACGUGAUUUUACCGAUUUUAAGCGAUUUUACCCAGUUUUGGCCAGUUUUUGUGACUAAGCGACUUUAAGUAGAAACUGAAACGUUUUGGUGGUCUGGAUACGUAAUGCACGAUUUUGACUGCACUACUAGCAUCCACUUGUGCAUCGGACUCAGAAUCGAAAGUGGGAGCUGAAUUGGCCUCAUGUCAAAGAAGAACUCCAUGGUUAAGUGAUACGUUGAAAGCGACGGCAUGAUCAAACUCGACAAUCAAAACUGGAAGAUCCUUGCGCAGCAGCUCUGGCUGGUGGUAAGUUUGGAUCUAGCAGUUGGGAUUGAUUCUUUGACUGUUCUCCACCUAUUGGAAUCUCAUUGUUUCAUCCCCAAAUUUCACACGUGUGCAGUUGUUUCUGGCGGCACCGUUAGUUUCUUUUACAAUGGUAACCACCAAGAUUGAAAUUCCUUUAGCUUUCGGUUACUUUCUGAUGAUUUGUGAAAUGUUUAAUAGGAGGUUAUCAUUGUUGUGGAAAUAAGUUGUUGCUUACUGUGCAUUUAUGUAUGACUAUAUUUACCUUGAUUCAUAUUUUAAUGGCAAUGCUUGUUAAGUUUCCAUCUUCAUUUGCUAUCAUCCUACUCCACUUUUAUUGGAAGUCUACUCAAGUGCAUCCUUGUUGGGAAUGAAUAGCUUUGAAAGCUAUAUUGAAUUAAUUAUCCAGUAUUCUUUCUAGAUACGGAAAUAAGAUGGAUAAUUAAUAAAAGGAAUAUUAUGGAGAUAAUUAGGAAUAAUUAUCUUAAUAGAUUAUAUUUUAAUUAUGGGAGUAAUUAUCUCCCUAAUUAAAAUAUGACUUAUUCCCAAAGAAAGAGGGAAUAUUCUGGGUUUUCUGCUCCUAUAAAUAGGAGACGCCCCAGACCCUCUAAACACACCUAAGAGAGCAGAAACACGAGAGAGAGUGAGAUUCAAAGAGCUCCGGUUUUCCGCACAAAACCACUGAGCAAAUCAAAAGAGUGGCUGUUUUAUCCUGGAGGCGACCGGCUGAUAGUCUGCUGUGCGAAUAACUAGGCAGUGCCGCGAACGUCUUAAAGAGAGCGAUCUAGUCCGCGACUCAGCCAGAUCGGUAAUCCUAAAUUUUCUGUUCGGUUUCUAACAAUUUUAAGACGUUCGGUUGCUGUCGUUUCUACUGAACAGGAUGUCCGGUUCGCUCAAACCGGUUACUACCGAUUAUGGAGUUCAUGGUUGCUUUACUCGUCGGAUUUUUCCAUUCCGACUGCCCGUGGCCUGAUCGUGAACCAGAUUUGCAUCUCGACAAACAUCUGCCUAUUAAUAAUGGGAGCAAUUUCCCCAAUUGCAAUUAUUGUUUCCUUCACCGAUUUGCAGUCACGGUAACCUAGAUAAAGAAGGAACAUGUAUGAGUUCCGUUUGCGUUUGGGAGCUAAGUUGAUUAUUACGGAUUGCUUUAGUUAAUUAAUUGUCCCUAAAUAAUUAACACCUUUUGUCCGUAAGUCCCACUCAGCAUGAGGGAACUUUUAUGUUUGCGAUGGGGAAUGUGGAAUCAAAGGAAAAAGAGGUUUUUUUUGUUCUUUUGGGUUUCUUUUCUAGAGGUGAAUGGAAGUCAGAUCUCGGCUUUGUCGCCGCUUCGUGUCGCGGCUGCUUUCGGAGCCGAUGGAGUCCAAGAACGAUGAAGAAGGACUAGACGUAAUAUGGGCCAGGCUAAAUCCGUCCUUCCAUUGGCUAUAAUUGAAAGAAUUGAUUGAUCUUCUUAAUUUGGGCCCGCCGAGAGGAACGAUGGAAAAAACCACCCCGGUGACGUAGAGUCAGAGUGGUGGAUCCAGGUCGUGGGUGUCGGCUCCUCUAAAGUGCUGGAACGGGCACCUUCUACUUCUCCGGUUGGUGGAAGCUGUGAAAAGAAAAAAAAAUGUUUGGAAAUUGAGAGGCUAGAUGUGGUGCUAGAUAUUCGUGCAAAUUGAGAAUGCAUCGACUCAUCGAAAAGAGGUAAGAUUCAGAACCUUCUUUAUUAAUCAUUAUGAUGAAUGAUAAACUAGAAUCUAUUUCACUUGAGUUCUAUGCAUGGUAUUGAGAAAUUCAUAUUAAUGCGAGAAAGUAAAAUAAAAUUGAUGCAUGUAUAUGUGGACAUUGAGAUGUAUUACCUCGAUGAUUAGAGUAUAGAUAGAAUACAUGUUGUGGAAUAGAAUGAUUUUGUUUGAAUGCGUGCAUAUAUAUGAAGAAUAUAUGGGAAUAGAAUGG